CUUCUAGACAAACUAGUAUAUAAGCUACAGCAAAUGGGGUUAUUGCAUCAGUUAGUUGAAGAAAAUAACACAGACCACAAUGUUCAAGCUGGUGGUGUUAUCCUCCGUGUUAGCCCUGGCUGCGGCCUCGCCUAGUGGUUUGGGAGCCAUAGGGCUUGGAUUGGGUGGUCUGGGCUGGGCUGGUUUGGCGUCUCCUCUGGCAGCACCUAUCGCCGCGCCUUGGGCACCUGCUGUUGCCGCUCAUGGCGUAGCGGUGGCGCCCGCUAUUGCGGUCGCGCCAGUGCUCGGACACGCAUACAACUACAGGGGACCUCUGUCGCUAGCUCCCGGACAGCCCGCCAACAUCCUCGCUGCUGACGGCAGGCCGCUUGACACCCUCAGCGUCAACUUGGAUCGUGCCGCGCACCUAACCGCCCGCGCAGUGAGCGGCGGUCAUUUGCUGAGGAAGAGGUCCGCCCCUAUCCUGUCUCCCGCCGCUGCGUGGUCGCACUCCGCCCGCAUUGACAUUCCCUCGCGGUUGGUCGGCCCGGCGCUGCCCGCUCUCUCCGCUGUUGGUUGGCCCGGUGCCCGCGCUGCUUGGGGCGCACCUCAAGCUGCUCCCUGGGGUGUCGGACCCCUGGGGCCCGCUGGGGUCAUCGGUCACCUUGGUUAAAAUGUACAUAUGAAAUAUUUACUUAAGAAUUCAACACUGUAUCUAAUUGUAUUUUAUAAAGAGAGUUACCACUACU